AUCGAGAAUUGACACAAUAUUUUUGUUCUUGUCCGUCAUGUUUUUGCAAUGCAUGCAAACUACGUUUGAUGUUGCUAUUAAUUGUUUUACUUUAUAUGAAUGCCACUAGUUUGAAGAUGGACAAUAUCCAUUUAUGCGCUAUCUUGAUUAAAUCGGAUGCACAAAUGAUAAAUUGAUAUCGGUGAUUUUUUUCUUCGUCCGACAAAUUGCUCAUUUUAGACGGGUUCUCUACGUUGUCAACGUGCUUUUGGAAUAUACAUUACGAAACUUAGAAUAGCAGCUGACCUGUGUAUCGGAAAUCAGAAAUCGGUUUGGUUGUCUAACACGGGAGAGUUAUGAACAUGGAUACCAGGUACAAGGUGUUGUUGGUGAUUACGCUAGUCUUGUUUAUCAGCAGUUUCAUCGUAUUUGAACGAGAUAUAUCUCCUCGGUAUAUCCAGCACAUGAAGUCUUCCAAGCAGAAAUCACCUCGCCCUGAGCUCCACAACCGAGGAAAACCUGACGAAGAACAAAAGCCCAUCGUGUCAGAUAACAACACUCUAAGUCAAGUGGAUGGAAAUUCAUCAUGGCAAGAAGGCGAGUUGAGGAAUCUAUCAAAUCUUAUACAGCAGAGACUCCAUUUCCUUCAGAAUCCUCCAGAUUGCAGAAAAGCCAAAAAGAUCGUGUGCGAUUUAAGCCAUCGCGUUGGAUUCGGAUCCAUCGUUCAUCAUUUGUCGUUCUGCCUGAUUAUGGCAUACGGCAGUGAGAGAACCCUCAUCCUUAAUUCCUCGGAAUGGGUCUAUUCCCCAGGGGGAUGGGACAAGUUCUUUCGCCCCCUCAGUGAGAAUUGCCUUGAUGGACAAGUAGAGACCACAGCUUACACUAAGUGGCCAACUCCUGAUGGAAAUGAUAGCAUCCAAGUGGUGAAAAUCCCCGUCAUAGCAGACUUUGCAAAAACGAACACAAAGCCAGACUUCCUACCUUUGGCGAUUCCUGAAGACAUCUCUGAGAGACUGAUGAGAGUCCACAGUAAACCCCUCAUCUGGUGGAUAGGACAAAUCAUCACCUAUAUUCUGAAACCUCAGCCUCAAACCCUAGAAUUCAUUGACAAUAAGACAACUGCCUUAGGAUUCACUCAUCCGAUCGUUGGCAUUCAGGUCAGGCGGACAGAUAAAAUCAAGAGCCGGAACGCCAAAAACAACUUCAAGGGGGAAGCCAAAUUUCACGGAAUCGAGGAGUACAUGGACCAUGUCGAAAAAUACUACCAGGAAUUGGAGAAGAGAAAAGAAGUGUCCGUCAGGAGAGUCUUCUUAGCAACAGACGAGGUCAGUCUGCUCUAUGAAGCCAGGAAAAAAUAUCCUGGAUAUGUGUUUGUGAGUGAUAAUAAUAUAUCUCAGUCAGCGAGUGUAUCAUUAAGACAGUCCGAGGAAUCUUUGAUGGGUAUGAUCAUAGACCUUCAUCUUCUGGCUCGCUCGGAUUUUGUUGUUUGCACGUUAUCUUCAAAUAUAUGUCGACUGGUUUACGAAAUGUUACAGCAUUCCCAUUUCGAUGCCUCCAAGAAACUAAUUAGCGUUGACAGACAAUACUUCUGGUCUGGUGAGAAUUCCAAAGCCAAGGGCAAAACUGCAAAGAUGCCUGUGUAUGAAGGGGCUGAGAACGUUCACUUGUAUGGAGUGUGACGCCUGAUAGGCUGUCUUAAUCCACAAUCUUUCUUUGAUUUUCAUUCUUUGUUUGGUGUGAUAGUAGAGUGAGUGAACGUUAACAAUCUCUUCUUUAAGUUUAUCAGCUGAACUAGGCUUUUACCGUGAAUGAACAAAUAAAUAAAAUUAAAUUAAAACAAAAUGUAUUAUGUUGCUUUGUUAUCAAUUAUUCGUUUGAUGAUGAUGAUGAUGAAC